GGUGCUUCCCCGUUUUCGGUAGGAAAAUCCACGCCGACCAUUGACAUUGAUUUGUUCCAUGCCUCCACCGGCCAUGUAAACGAUUUUUUUGAUGCGUGAAACGGCCAAGCAGCAGGGCGUACGACUGGUGGGGGAGAUGCAGCCAUGUGUGGGCUGCGUGGAGGCGAAGGGCAGGUGGGCACCGGUGCCGAGGCGUGGCACCCGCGCGGCGGUACCGUUCGGCAAAGUCCACAUCGACCUCACGGGCCCGUUCUCUGACGCGCUGGACGGCUCCCGGUANUUGAUUUGGCGUACGACUGGUGGGGGAGAUAUCACCGUCGUCCCUUUUUUCCAGGAGGGGAUGAUGCGCGUGAAGCGGGCCACGAAGGCGGACGUCCAACCCGCGCGAUGCUUCUACCUGCACGGCGCCAACAACCCCUCGACGUCUACCGCCGUCGUUCUUCGUGCUGACACCGGUCGCCUCGCCCUCACCAACAACGUCGUGUGGGUCAACCGCCGGGCAGGGGCGCCGGCGCCGGUACCGGGCAUCGGGGGNCCUAUUUUUGCUUUUUUCCCCCGCGGCGUCGAUCCUCAGCCCCGUCGCCGAUCUCCGUCGCCCCAUCANUCGUCGCCCCCACCAUCAAGGACGUACACGUACACCCCGCCUGCACCAGCGACCACCGCACCGCUGCCGCCCGCUUCCCCGUCGAUCUUCACAGGAUCCUCAGCCCCGUCGCCGAUCUCCGUCGCCCCAUCAUCAGCCCCACCGUCGACCGCAACAACGCCGCCCCGUUCGCCCCCGGGCCUGCCGCCGCCGCCGCCGCAGCCCACCAGCGCCGCCAUCCCCGCUCCCCCGCACCCGCCGCUUUCGAAACGAGCCGUGAAGGAGUCGGGACGAAAGGACACGAGGGUACCCGGCCGCACGCGCGGCGAUGGAGUGUGGUUCAUGGAGGAACAACAACGACCGCCGCCCGGUGGCGGCGCCGCUCUCCACCACCGUCUUGGCCAUGGGAGCGGGGGGGCCGCAGGAGCUGGGGGGCCGGGGGGCCUGCACAUGUUCGCAGCAAUGUUCGCCACCCGCGAGGAUGUGGAAGCCACUCUUCGUGCCAAGCGCCCUCCUGACAAGACGCCGGACCUUCCUCACUGCCUCGCCAGCGACCUCCGAGUGCCGAAGACGCUGAAGGAGUCCAUGCGGUCUCAACAUUCAGAGUUGUGGGAUGAUGCAGUCGGUCGAGAGUUUUUCGGUUUGUUGGAUGCAGGAACGUUUAGUCCGGUGAAGCAACCAGUAGAGAACGCGAUCAUUGCCAAGUGGGUCUUCAAUUGUAAGGCAGACGAGUACGGACGGCCGACGAAAUUCAAGGCAAGACUUGUAGCGCGCGGGGACAUGCAGAGGGCUUCGAUUGAUUUUGGAGAAUUGUUUGCACCCACCGUAUCAGUGUCUAGUGUGCGCUUGUUGGCAGCAUUAGCGUGUGAGCAGAAUCUUGACUUGUGCCAUUUCGACAUUCAGCAGGCUUUUGUGCAGUCUGAGCUUGAUGAGGAUGUUUUCAUGCGCUUACCGCAGGGGUGUGGUAGGUUAUCUGGCUUGAUCGUGAAGCUAUGCAAGAGUCUGUAUGGUUUGAAGCAGGCAUCACGACAUUGGCAUUCGCACCUGACGAGGUGUUUGUUACUUUUAGGUUUUUUGCAGUGUCUGGCAGAUGCGUGUGUUUUUCGAUUGAUGGAGGAGGGACGUGUGAUCAUGAUCAUCGUGGUCCACGUGGAUGACAUUUUUGCUGUAGGGCAGAAGGAGAGGUGUGACAAGUUUGGCGAGGACCUCAACGAGAUGGUCCCCGUGAAAAACNUCACUUUUGCUGUAGGGCAGAAGGAAUGGUGUGACCAGUUUGGCAGGGAUCUCAACGAGAUGGUCCCCGUGAAGAACCUUGGAGAGUUGAGGUGGACGAGUUGGAUGGGGAUUACGUUUGAGAGGGGCGUCGUGACAGAGUAUGUGGCAAUUGCCGAAGUCUUGAAGGAAGUGUUGUUCUUGAGGCAGGUGUGGCGUUUUAUCUUGCCAAAUGUGGGUAUGCCGUGCAUCCCGGUGUUCGAGGAUAAUCAGGGAGCGAUUCAGAUCGCGUACAACCCGAUCACGAACUCCAACUCGAAACACAUCGAAAACAUCGAUGUACGGCAUCACUUUAUCAGGGAGCUGGUAGAGAGGAAAAAGAGUUCAAUUACUCAUGUGCCGACGCAAUUUCAGCAUGCGUGUUUCUUGACGAAGGCUAAUAGCAAGGAGUAUUUUGCGUUGCACCGUGACUUUGUGAUGAACUUGCAGUGAAGGAAAUGUUUUGGGGGCGAUUCAUAUUAUGUAGCGGAGAAAGAGGGAGGCGAGAUUGGACAAGAGAAAGAGAGAGUAUGAUGAAGGUGGUAAGGGUGUUGGAGUUGUGUUGGGAUUUUUCUUGGUUGUUUUGGAGGAGUUUUGCCAGUGUGGUAUUUUUGUUUUUUUUUUGCCUUCCGACAAUUGCAGAUGUACCUCAGAAAACUUUCACUUUAUGUCUCAUACUCUACAUGAAUACUAAACCAAUACGAAGUACAACAACAUAUUAUUGUAGGACUAAUUUCUAGUGUCACUUACAUCGUAAAAAUAUCUCCUCUUCAAUUUGAAAUAAAACCAAUGACAAUCCUCAUCGUAUCCUACAUGCGUUCGUAAGCUUGCUAAAAUACUACUGCGUUGAUGUCCUCUUGUAAAAGCUGAAAUCCAACAAAUGCUUUGAUCCAUGCUACAUCUCCGUGUCGGAAAAGCCUUUUCUUCUCCGUUUAUGACAACAUCUUACCCUACUCUACGCAAAUCUGUCACAUCUACUCUCAAACAAGAUGCCAACUUCAAACGAAAACGCGUUCUACGAUGCAUCUACACUCCAUCCCCAUAUCAUUGGCGUUGACUGGUUCGAGGUCGAUGUUUUCCUCUUUUCGGCGUCUUGACGCCCGCGCAAUGCGAGCUUGUACCUCUGCACUCGCCGAGAUAUGGCCACGUGUGUAGCCACCGAAACGAUCUGAAGAAGUCGUUCCGUGAAGACUCCUUUCAGAGCCAUCGUUCCUCCGUCUCUUCCUCCCACGGCAUGUGUCGCAAGUUCAUCGAUGAACUCGUAACCCUCCUCUCCAAGGCGGCCAAAGCUUUCCACGGCUAAGGUGGUAAGUUUAAAGCUGCGUUCGUCAAAGGACACGUGUCCCGGACGAGCGUAGUGCUGACGCUUUCGCGCCUCGGAUGCUUGGGCUGCGAUUCCAUCGCUGGUCGCGCUGCCGUUCCGCAAGUGUACCUGUGCUUGCGGGUCUGCGUGUGUGACAUCGAGGAGUAUUCCUUUGUUGCGGUACCCCGGAGAAGAUGCGUUCGUGAGGGCUCCUGGCCUGAUGACGAUGUCCAUGCUCAGGUUUCUUUCCCCCGUGAACGGUGCCCCGCUUUCAACGUCGUAUUUGACGCGAAGGCCGUGGAGUGCUCUCGAUAGUGCGUACUUUAACGGCUCGUGCAUGUUGACCUGUGCUCCAUCCCUUGGACAGGAACGCGUGUCCCCCUUGCCCUUGCGAGCUUCUCGUUCGUGCGUAUGCCAUGUUCCUGGCCUCUUGACCUCCGAAGGCGUUGUCCCUCGUGGGCGGUACCGCCUCCUGAGGGAGGUGCUCCAGAGACUCCAUGAACUUUUCAAGAUGUAUCUUGUUAAUCGCCUUGCCCAGUUUGUGCUGGGCUUUCCUCGGCGUAGUAGAUUCCCCAUCGUGUGCUGCCAGUUCUGCAACGGUGGGCUGACGCCUUCCGGUUUCUCCUGUCGGUUCUAAGGCCCACUCAACCCAUGACGGGGGAAGGAUCCCCUUCAGAAUCUCCACCGAUAUUGCAUGCUCCUGGUUGAGUUCUUUGAUAGCGUCCCCCAUCCGCUCCACCAACACGGUUCCCGGUAUCCGAACUCUCACCGACUCUCCCAAUGGACCCCGUAACGCGGCUAUAACCGAAGGAAGGGUGCUGACUAGCUUACCCAGAGAAGCUGAGAACCUUUGCAUAACGGCUGCUGGUAAUCCUAGUCCUCCGGCUCCUGUCGACAGGCGCGCCUGGGCUUGUUGAUAGGGCUUUAACUUGAAGCGGUCAGGCUGGCAGUCGUCUUGGAAGAACUCUUCUUCGACUCUAGGACCCACAUCACCAUAUUGUCCAGGCGUUCACAAGCCCCUCUCCCUAGCUUAUGAUUGAUGCCUCUCUCGAAAUAUCCGGAUCGCUGUGUCAGCGAUUGUGAUGUGACGAGGUGCGCCACCUGUUUGUCUGGCAUGCGCACCAGCAUGCGAGCAAGCUUGUCUGCACCCCCUUCAGUUAUCACUUUCAUUGCGAAAUCCUCGACGUAGGCAUCCGUCCC